GUUAUGCCCCUGGCUUCCGUUGACCCCUCGCUCUCCUGGGCUAGUUCUGCCGCCGCCGCCGCCGUGAGGCGAGGGGAGAAUCAUGGCCGCCUCGAAGCCCGUGGAGGCCGCUGCGCGCGGGGGAGCGACAGGCUCGGGGAUUCCGCGCUGGCAGCUGGCCCUGGCGGUGGGAGCGCCGCUGCUGCUCGGAGCCGGCGCCCUUUACCUGUGGGGCCGGCGGAGGCGCGGCACGCGGGGCGGAGGCAAGGGUGCAAGCGAGAGGAAGACCCCCGAGGGAAGAGCUAGCCCGGGACCCUCGGACGGCUCCGGGGCCGGCCAGUUUGGUGGCUCCGGCGGCGACGAGAUGAGCCCUCUUGACAGAGCCCAAGCAGCAAAGAACAAAGGCAACAAAUACUUUAAAGCUGGGAAAUAUGAGCAAGCCAUUCAGUGCUAUACUGAAGCCAUUGGUUUAUGUCCCUCUGAGAAAAAUGCUGACCUCUCUACCUUUUACCAGAACAGAGCUGCAGCAUACGAACAACUGCAAAAAUGGAAAGAGGUGGCUCAAGACUGUACAAAGGCAGUUGAACUUAAUCCCAGAUAUGUGAAAGCUCUCUUUAGGCGUGCAAAGGCACAUGAAAAACUAGACAACAAGAAAGAAUGUUUAGAAGAUGUGACUGCAGUCUGCAUUUUAGAAGGCUUUCAAAAUCAGCAAAGUAUGGUAUUAGCUGAUAAAGUUCUUAAGCUCCUUGGAAAAGAAAAGGCCAAAGAGAAAUACAAGAACCGGGAACCCUUGAUGCCUUCUCCCCAGUUUAUCAAAUCUUACUUCAGCUCUUUCACAGAUGACAUUAUCUCCCAACCUCUUCUGAGGGGGGAGAAAUCUGAUGAAGAUAAGGAUAAAGAAGGAGAGGCCUCUGUAGUAAAAGAAAACUGUGGCUAUUUGAAGGCAAAGAAAUACAUGGAAGAAGAAAACUAUGACAAAAUAAUUAGCGAGUGUACAAAAGAAAUAGAAGCUAAAGGAAAGUAUAUGGCAGAAGCCUUGCUGUUACGAGCUACAUUUUACUUGCUUAUUGGUAAUGCAAACGCUGCCAAACCAGAUCUGAAUCAGGUCAUUGGUAUGGAAGAUACAAGUGUAAAGCUUCGUGCUAAUGCCCUCAUCAAGCGAGGAAGUAUGUAUAUGCAACAGCAGCAACCUAUGUUCUCUACUCAAGAUUUUAAUAUGGCUGCUGAUAUUGAUCCUCAAAAUGCAGAUGUUUAUCAUCAUAGAGGACAGCUAAAAAUUCUGCUUGACCAAGUUGAAGAAGCUGUAGAAGACUUUGAUGAAUGUAUCCGUUUGCGACCAGAUUCUGCCUUGGCACAAGCACAGAAAUGCUUUGCAUUGUAUCGUCAAGCUUACACUGGAAGUAAUGCUUUACAAAUACAAGCAGCAAUGAAAGGCUUUGAAGAUGUUAUUAAAAAAUUCCCAAGAUGUGCUGAAGGCUAUGCAUUAUAUGCCCAGGCACUAACUGAUCAACAACAAUUUGGCAAAGCCGAUGAAAUGUAUGAUAAAUGCAUUGAUCUUGAGCCAGAUAAUGCUACUACCUAUGUUCACAAAGGUUUACUUCAGCUUCAGUGGAAGCAGGAUUUAGAUAAAGGCUUGGAACUUAUAAGCAAAGCCAUUGAAAUAGAUAACAAAUGUGAUUUUGCUUAUGAAACUAUGGGGACAAUUGAAGUGCAGAGAGGCAAUCUGGAUAAAGCCAUUGAAAUGUUCAACAAAGCUAUUAAUUUAGCCAAAUCUGAGAUGGAAAUGGCUCACCUCUACUCACUUUGUGAUGCUGCCUAUGCCCAGACAGAAGUUGCAAAGAAAUAUGGAUUGAAACCACCCACAUUGUAAAGAAAGGAGAGAAUGACCCUUUAAAAAUUCUCCAACUUUUGAAGUGCUGGAAGUAUUUCCCUCGAUUCUUGUCAUCUUCCACAUCCAGCUGUGACUGCACUGUGUUUUCAAAUGGGUUUUUUUUAAGUAAGCACAGCAUUAUGUACAUUGACACGUCUCUCUCCUGAAAACAAUUAAGAAUUAAGCAUGUGCUGUCUAAUACUGGCAUUCCGAAUCAUCACAGACUGUUGCCUGUUCUUCAGAUAUUUGAAACUGCACUGAAAGAAUUCAUAUGUUUGGGUAUUAUUUUGUAAAUGACUUACAUCUGUAAAGUCACCAAAUAAAUACUUCAGUCAAA